AUGAAUACUCGAACGCCAAUCGUUGAAUACAAGGACGUAACUGGUGCCAGGUUUUUGAACGUGAACUUCAACCAGGAUUAUACGUGUUUCAGUUGUUCUUCUCAAACCGGGUUUUUGAUUUACAAUGCGGAUCCACUCGAUUGCAAGCUGAGUAAGCAGUUUUCGAAUGCGAACGCAUGCGGGAUCGGGCUCACGUGCAUGCUUUACCGCACUAACUAUUUGGCGCUCGUCGGUGGGGGCAGAAGGCCCAAAUAUCCGCAGAACAAGCUUGUCGUGUGGGAUGAUCUACAACAGACGGAGUCCAUUACACUGGGGUUCAUGUCCCAGAUCCAGGACAUUUUCCUGUCCCGUGUCAAUAUCAUUGUCGUUCUAGACAGUGCCAUUGAAAUUUACACCUUUGGUUCCAAACCCCGGAGACUCGUUUCUUUGCUCGACACGUGCGCGGGCGCAAGUGCCGAUUUUGUCGUUUGCCAAAGUCCCCGCAGAAGAUCUUCGUCUGCGAACGCUCCUGCGGGAAGUGACGCAACUGUCAUGCGUGGAAUCCUGGCGUUUCCAUCGGGUCGCAAUCCUGGUCAAGUGCAGAUUGCAGACCUGUCGCAUUUGCAAUCAAGCGAAAUUCAAGAAGACACCAGUGUCCAACUUCCAACCUCGAUCAUUAAAGCUCACAAGACUCCCAUUCGGCGCAUCAAAUUGAGCCCUAACGGGAACAUGGUCGCGACUUGUUCCGUACAGGGUACUAUCGUUCGCAUCUUCAGCACCCAAAAUGGGACUUUACUCAAAGAAUUACGGCGAGGAUUGGAUCGCGCAGAUAUAUACGAAAUGGCAUGGAGUUUGCGUGGCAAUCGUCUUGCGGUUGUGAGCGACAAACAGACUUUACACAUUUUCCAAAUUAGUGACGACGACGGUGACAACAAGAACAAGACUCAUAUGCUCAAAGAUGUUCCCCUGUUGUGGAAACCUAAAUAUUUGGCAUCGACCUGGUCCAUGUGUUCUCGGCAUCUGGACUCUGCGGUGCGCGGGAAAAACGAUAUUAAUGACAAGGCUUUUAACAACGACAGGUGCAAGAUAGGAUGGUGUCACGACGGCGAGGAGGACUCAUUAGUUUUGGUUUGGAGAGACAGCGGCAUAUGGGAAAAAUAUGUCAUGUUAGAGAGGGAAAAUAAAGUCUAUACGGUAAGCGAGAGUUUACCAACAGGUUCGCCGCCACAAUCUGGUGCACCCAAGAAAAGAUGGGAAGUAGUAAGGGCCAGUUGGAGACAGUUGUAA